AGUCAGCUGAGUGAGCGCUCCGUGCCGGCAUGUUGGACAAUGUGUGUGUUUUAACUCUUUUUUAUGUGUAUUAGGGUUUAGAGUGUGUGUGUGUGUGUGUGUGUGUGUGUGUGUGUGUGUGUUACGGUCACCAUGGUUUUCCUCAGACGGACCACACUGCUCCGCUACCUGCUGCUGUCGGCCAUGUUGGCUCUGCUCCUCUUCGUCAGCUCCCUCUGGCUACCUCAGGCCGGAGUCAGAGAGUGUGGCAGCGCCUGGCAGCCAUGUUUGAGUUCUGACCGCCAAGCACCUGAGCCUCCAUUGGUCCCUGCGGAGUGGGCGGGGCCAGACAAAGCCCCGCCCCUCAUCCAGGAGUGUCCCGGCCAGUCGUUUCAGGCCUGGCGUCUGCUGCUGUAUUUAAAGUCGAGCCUGUCGGACGACGACGACGUCCUGCUGGAGCCGUACCUGCAGAGCUGGGACCAGCUCAUCAACUUCAUGGAGUCUUUGGGAACGAUGGUCAGUUUCUUCUCUCAGAAGGUGAAAGAGAAGAUGGUGGUGAUUCGAGAGCUGUCACUCAAACACAGCAGAGAGGCUCAUGGGAAACGGAGUCCGUCCGACUUCUCUGGACCAAAAUCACCGGCGUAUCUCUCGGUCCGCUCCAUGGUGGCGGCGGAGCUGAAAGCCGGCCUGGUGGACUUCUCUCGCCGUACGGACUCCGGCUGCCGGACGCUGCUGCGGCUCCAUCGCUCGCUGCUGUGGUUGAAGCUGAUGUUAGAAGGUUUGUCUGAAGGACCCGACGCUGACGGACACUUCAAGACCCCCGGAGAGCUCAGCAGAGACGCCUACCGGGUGGCGUUGGCCCCCCAUCACCCCUGGGUGCUCCGUCAGGCCGCCGAGUUCGUCUUCCUCGCUCUGCCGGACAGGAAGUACUUCCUGCAGCUGGUGUGCGUGGAGCACACGGAGGAGGCGGCGCCCGUCCUGCGCAUCAUCAUCCACGCUCUGACGCUGGUGCACACACGGACUCAGCGAAUCCUGAGCGAGAACGACAUGCUGGAGCUUCCCUGAACGCCUCGAAUCAACGACUGGACUGUACGAACCAGGCGGGGAGUUCUGGUCCUCUGAAAUGAGGCCAACCA